UUUUUAUUUUCCUCUGCUCUGUUUCUUAUAAUUUUCUUGAUUUUAGGACAAAAAAACAAAUCAUCACCGAAAUUAUGGUGUCCGGAAACCGGACAUGCAUGUUGAGAAUGCACAUUUGCACCAGCGUGCGCUUCAUUCAUUGGAAUCUGUCAAUCAGUCAGCUGUCAUAAUACUACGGAAAGAAAUGUCGGAAGAAAACUCAAAAUUGUUCUAAAUCUGAAAAUGUGUCAGACUAACCAAUAAGUAAAUAAUUAUGUAUUAUGCCAAAAAUAUUAAUUCUCCAUAAAAAUUCCUGAUGAAUGCUCGUAAACUUUGAUUCAAAAUAAAAUAACCUCAAAACACAUGUACGGUAAAAGUGUAUUGUUUAGUUACCGAGUAGUUAGCAAAUGUAGUGUUCGCAGUUACAAGAGCAACAACACUAAAAAGCUGUUGGAAUUUCUAGCCGAAAUGCCGAAAGUAAAUUCUGCAAGAAUAGCUGAGGCACAGCGUCAAAGGCAGCAAAUAUCCAAAAGAAGUGAAAAGUAUGCACCAAGUACUGUUUACCUUCAGGUUCUUGGUUCAGGAGCUCGUGGAGCGCCUAACACCUUGUAUUUGUUCACGGAUCAGAAGCGGUACCUGUUCAACUGUGGAGAAUGCACACAGCGCCUAGCUCACGAGCACAAGGUGAAGCUAUCCCGCCUGGAACACAUAUUCAUCACAAGCAAGACUUGGAAGAACAUCGGAGGUCUGCCCGGCUUGUCUCUGACGCUUCAGGAUGUUGGUGUGCCGAAUAUCACUCUACACGGGCCAGAGGGAUUGGAUGAAUUAUAUCCUGCAACAAAGAGGUUUGUGAUUAUGAAAGACAUGAAUGUGAACAUGGCCAAAUGCAGUCCAAGUGAAGAUUUUGAAGACAGUGUUAUGAGUGUGAAAUAUGUUUUACUAGGCCCUCAUGAUAACUUAUUAGUAGGCAAAGAAUUGAAACCUGCAGCCAAACGGCCCAAAUUGGAAUCAAACCAGGACAAAGAGUUUGAGGAAUUCAUUCACGAUGAUACUGACUACUACAAGCCAGAAGCAAAGAUUCCAGACAACAACAAAACCAAUAGAUAUGCAAGAGAUAAUAGAGCUAAGCCAAAAAGUAGUUUUGAGAAAGAUCCAAUGAAGAAAAAGACUGAAAAGGUAUUACAUGAUCUGCAAAAAAAAACAAACUGUUCAGUUGCUUACAUUUGCACCCUGAAGAAACGCCUUGGCACCCUGGAUUUGGCCAAAUGCGUGGAGAUGGGGGUGAAACCCGGCCCUAUGCUGGGCCAGCUCAAGAGUGGCCACGACGUAGUGUUGCCUGAUGGCACACUCGUCUUGUCUAAGGACGUAAAGACGCCUGACGACCCUGGACCAGUUUUCAUUGUACUUGACGUCCCCGAUCUCUCAUACCUGAAGGAGGCGGAGUUCUCCGCCCACUUCGAUAAUGGGACGAACCCGCCAGAAAACAUCCCCACCCUCAUCGUGCAUUACACGCCACCAGAAGUUUUCCAUCAUCCCACGUACCGUGCGUUCAUGUCUCUCUUCGGGCCUACCACUAGGCACCUGGUUCUGAAUUCCCAAAACGCGUGUCUCGGCUCCGAGGCCGUGCACCGGACCCAACACAAACUCCACCUCCUCGAUCCGGAUAUAUUUCCUCUCCUGAGGGACGCUAGUUUACCUGCAGUGUGGAAUUCUCAUCCUCCGCUGCCUAAAACCAACAGUCCGGUGAGGCUGAAAGGGUUAGAAGAACUUAAGAAUAAGAUUGCGCUCGCGCAGUUCCAGAACAUAAUAAAUAUGGAAGGCUCGUGCAAGGGCGACGGCGGCCAGACGCACGCGACCAUAGACGAGGAGCAGAACAAACUCGAGGUGAUCGCUGGACGCACGCUCACGAUGUUCCAUUUGAGGCCAAAGAGACAGCUGGAUAGAUCUGCAGAACCCAAACUCCACGUGCAAGAGUACAUACAAGAGACAAUGGACGUGGACGGCUUUGUCGGCAGUUUAGAACACUUCAGGCGACAGGUGGACAGCAUGAGAUACGCUAAAGCCAAUUCCCAGGAGUUCCCCAAGGUGGUAUUCUUGGGCACCGGGUCUUGCAUCCCCAGCAAGACUAGGAACACUAGCGCCGUGGUGUUGCAAGUCGAUGAGAACCGGUCAAUGCUGCUAGACUGCGGCGAGGGCACCUUCGGGCAGCUGGUCCGGUUCUUCGGGCCGAAGAAAGUCAGCGCCUUCCUUAGGACCUUGAAGGCGGUGUAUAUUUCGCAUCUGCACGCUGACCACCAUAUAGGCCUCAUCGGCGUGAUCCAAGCCCGGCGGCAGGCGUGGCUAGAAGUGAACGCUGACGCGCCUCCUGAACCGCUGUAUCUCUUCGCGCCGGGACAGAUUUACACCUGGCUAUAUACCUACGACCAGCAGUUCGAGAAGAUCAAGGGAGACUUCACGCUGCUGCCCAACCAGAACUUGUUGCAUGAAUCAUACCAUCAGAACGCAGAGAUGGUGGCAACACUAGCCAACAUAGGGGUCGAGCAGAUCCGCACGUGUUUCGUAUCGCACUGCCCCAAUGCGUUCGGUGUUGCCAUAGACUUGGACGCCGAUCAUCGCAUCACCUACUCUGGGGACACUAUACCCUGUGAAGAUCUUGUCAAGAUCGGCGAAAACUCCCACCUGCUCAUCCACGAAGCGACAAUGGAAGACGAGCUGGUCGAAGAAGCUCGCACCAAGAUGCACUCCACUACCUCCCAGGCGAUAGAAAUGGGGAAACAAAUGAACGCGCGGUACACGGUCCUCACGCACUUCAGCCAGCGGUACGCGCGAUUGCCGCGUCUGAACGCACACAUACUGAAUGACAAUAGAAGCGUUGGCAUCGCCUUUGACAACAUGCAGAUAACGAUGAGCGACCUAGACCUGCUGCCGCACAUGUACGCGCCUCUCCAGCUGAUGUUCGCCGAACACUGCGUCGAGAUGGAGCUGAAGGCGGCUCACCGCGCGCGCCAGAGAGAACGCGCCUCCUCGCCCAACCUCGCCGCUACCGACAAGAUGGUGCGCAACCGCUCCAGCAGUCGCACGCGCAAGAUCUCGCCGGGAUGCCUCGCCAUCGCGUCCGCGCCCGCGCCGCGAGCCAAGUACAGGGAGAGCAACGCCUCUAGACUGAGACAAGAAAUAAAGGGCAUGACCGUGACUGGUAUUGUCCGACAGCAAGGGCCCCGAAGUAAAUCCUCGUCGCCAAGCAAGAUGUAUCCUCAGUCAAGUACCCCCAAACAAAACAGUGGCUGCGCAACUCCAAAGAAUCGUUGUCGCUCAGAUAAGUCCCCAGAAAAAACUAUGGAUAUCAUAGCGUCACGUUUACAAAACAGUAGCAACGCGGCGGCUAGUAGGACCCGUAGCCGCCCAGAAGAAUCGCCAGAUAAGUCCUUAGAUCUCAUCGCCACACCUCGGUCUAUGAGCGAAACAUCGAACGCGAGCAGAGAGACGCAGGAUCGGAUCCGUUCUCUUAUGGCGAAAGCAUCCUCCGGUUACGUUGUUGAUACUCGUUCCAAAACGAUAAACACCGCUGUUCGCCAACCGGCUAGCGAGGAAGCUUUGAGCGUUGGAAGGAAGGCUGCUGUUAACAAUACGUCUUCGAUAGGUCCCGGAAUAGGUUAUGGCAAACCUUUGGUGACAAGUCUUAAUAAGAAACUAACAGUUCUAAAAGAACUGCCUAAACCUUUGAGUGAAGUUAAGAAUUCUAGAUCAGUAACUAGUAGAGGCAAGUCACCAGUGAGGCCUUGGAGAACGGACAACAAAGAUUCAUGUUCAUCGGUUCCCGGUAGAAAGCUAGAUUUAAACAAAUCUAGAUCCCUAACGAACCCUAGAUUAGAGGUAGUGACGAGCAUCCUAUUCCACUUAAUAUUUUGGCGGGUCGCGCACAUUGCCUCAUACCUGUGCCCCCCGCAAUGGCUCGUACUAUUCACAAUAAUCGCUGUUGGUGUUUUGUUUUGGACAGCGGCGAAGGGACCGGCUGGGAACAAGUUACGCAACACGAAUACAGUUCCAAAAGUCAAACCUGACGAUAAGGUUAUGAACAUGAGGGCUUCUGUUGCUGGUAGACAAAUGAGAGGGUCAGCGUCUGUUAAAAGUAACAACAGAAGCCCCACAAGACCUGAUAAUAAAGAAGAUAUAUUGAACAGUAGGGCAAAACCCAUACGACCAACACUGCAAAAGGAAAUCAAAAGUUGGACCCCUGAAUUUAAUCGAUCGCCAAAUAGAUUAUCAGGGAAUAAAUUACGACCCUCUGCACCUACACUGAAUAAAACAUCACAAGAUAGCGCAAAAAAUACGAAAAAAGAUCAUCCAGGCCUGAAGCCCAGUCCUAAGUCUUUUUCUAGUCCUCGCGGAUCGAGUGCCGAGAGGAAAAAAGAGAAACCCCCUAUAUCUCAACCACUAAGAGAUAUGCUGAGUGAGAGACUGAAACAGCCACUUUGCAAAGAUGUGCCAAUGUCUGGUAUUGGUAGACCAACAUCUGGCAUUUACAGUAGAAGUUUUAAGCCACAACUGGAAGACAUCAAAAGUUCUUACAUGUUAUUAAAUAAACAAAAUCAAGAUCAAAAUAACAAAAGCAAUAAUGACAAAGUGGCUAUACAUAAACCAAAGCCAUUCAAUGAGGAAUUUAGGAAAAAACAACUGCUUGAAGUCAGACAGAAAUUUCAGAGCAAACAUUUUUGGAAUGACUCAAAAUAUGAAAAGAUUGAAGGCCUCAAUUGGAUUUCAUGGAAGUGAACAAAAAGAAAUAAUUUAUUUUAUAUCAUCUGUAUUAUUUAUAAAUUUAUAGUGAUAGUAACACUCAAGUGGUGUCUAAUGUUAAAGUUUACGAGCAUAAUGGAUCAAUUAAAAAAAAUUGAAAAAUAUUUCACAUUUCU